GAUUGCCAUGUCGAAUUCAGAUACUACAUCUCCAACCGUAACUGUUAAAGAAGAAGUGAAGACUGAGAUUCUUGACCAUGUUAUAAAGAAGGAAAUAAAGUGUGAGCUAGAGGAAGCCACCGGGAAGUCACAUGGUUUUAUUUGUCCCACAUGUAAAGCACAUUUCCUUUAUGAUACGUUCUUUAUUGAACAUGUUAAAGAACACCAUAAGGAAAUGGCUGAUGACAAUUUAAAUUCUUAUGAACCGCCGAGUUCUUCCGAAUCAUCGGAUAAAGAGAACACUUCAAAUGAUACCCUACACGUAGCUAAACCUUUCAAAUGUGAAGUUUGCUCCUAUUCUUGCUCAUUAAAAUGUUCACUUUUGAUACAUCAGAGAGUUCAUACCCAAGAAAAACCUUUUAAAUGCGAAGAGUGCUCGUAUACAUGUUCUCGAAAGUGUAAUCUUGUCCAACAUCAACGUAUUCACAUAAGGGAGAAACCCUACAAGUGUAAUGAAUGCUCAUACGCUUGUUCUCAAAAAUGUAGCCUUGUCAGACAUCAGCUAAUUCACUCUGGCGAGAAACCCUACAAGUGUAAUGAAUGCUCAUAUGCUUGUUCUUGUAAAAGUAACCUUGUCAGUCAUCAGCUUCUUCACUCUGGUGAGAAACCCUACAAGUGCAAGGAAUGCUCAUAUGCCUGUUCUCGUAAAGGCAACCUUGUCAGUCAUCAAUUAAUUCACACUGGUGAGAAACCCUACAAGUGCAAGGAAUGCUCAUAUGCUUGUACUCGUAAAAACAGUCUAGUCAGACAUCAGCUUAUUCACUCUGAUGAGAAACCCUACAAGUGCAAGGAAUGCUCAUAUGUUUGUUCUUAUAAAAACAGUUUAGUCAUACAUCAGCGUAUUCACACAGGGGAGAAACCCUACAAGUGCAAGGAAUGCUCAUAUGUUUGUACUCGUAAAAACAUUCUAGUCAGACAUCAGCUUAUUCACUCUGAUGAGAAACCCUACAAGUGUAAUGAGUGCUCAUAUAAAUGUUCUCAAAAGUGUAAUCUUGUCCAACAUCAGCGUAUUCACACAGGGGAGAAACCCUACAAGUGCAAGGAAUGCUCAUAUGUUUUUACUCAUAAAAACAGUCUAGUCAGACAUCAGCUUAUUCACUCUGAUGAGAAACCCUACAAGUGUAAUGAGUGCUCAUAAUACAUGUUCUCAAAAGGUUCACCUUGUCCACCAUGAGCGUGUUCAUUCUAGUAAAGAACUCAAACAAUGAACACAAUGCCCGUUUUCUUUCAUUUUAUAAAUCUACACCUAUCAGAAAUAUAUUACAACAAUUUACAUGGGUGAAAAUAUCUUUAUAGUUUUAAAUAUUAUGCAGGAAUGUGAAUACACUUGCUCUUCUAAAUCAAAUCUUAUAAAAUACAAAGGGGAAGGAGUUCAUAUAAAUGCAAAUUGACGUUUAAAUUAAAUUAUAUCGAAGAGGAAUGACAUUGAACUACAGUGACCCCAAAUUUAUUUCUCCCCAAUGUCCCGCACACCCGAAUUACCUCAGCAAUUUCCUUUCCCUAAACAGGGCUUUAAAUACAUUAUGUAAACAAUCAAAACCCUGAUUAACCACUGCCUUUUCCUUUCUCUCAAACUUUGUGGUAAAUGGAUGUAUUACUGUAUUCACUUUUGCGAGAUUUUUAGAAAGACACUAAAAGCUUUUUACCAUUUACUUGAGACAGGCAAUUAUUGUAUGACACGUGUGCUAUUUAAACUACUCCCUUUAAUUUCAACAUAUUUUAUAACAUGCACUGAUUGAGGUUCUCUGCAUCUGGUGGGGGCUGUUUAGUUUCACAGUUUUAUUUGUUAUAAAUUUGUAUUUAAAUUUGAAUGUUUUACAACUUAUUUAAGGUAUUAUUCACUAAUUUUGAGAAG